CUGUUGUGGUCGCCGGGCCACAGAGAUAUUCCAGGGAAUUGUAAAGCGGAGGAGCUUGCGAAACUAGGAACUACCCUAUACAUACCAGGGAUACUGGAAUCUGUGGGUAUGCCUAUAGCGAGGGACAAUGUGCGAUAAAUGGUCACAAAGAGGGAGUUGUGAGCAUUCCAAAACUAUGUGGCCUAAUCUAGACAGACAUUUCAUUCAUUGUGUCCGUCAUGGCAGGUCACGAUCUAAUCGGAAAACAUGCUGACAGACUGAAGGUUGCCUUAAUUUUUGCAGUAGCUGUGAUUGCAUCGAAGAAGAAGAGACUAUAGAACACCUUCUGUGUGUGUGGCAGUCAGAAGGAGUUCCACUUUAGGUUCCCAUUUCUUUGAGAACCUGUCUGAUUUAGCGGAUGUGAACAAUUCGGAUAAUUCAAAGGUGUGGACUAGAAGGCAUCUUCCUUCUUCUGUUCCUGUGGAAUCACAAUGGACGAAAACGUCUAAGUGAGUCUGAUGGCAGACUGCCACUUAAACCUAACCUUACCUAUAGGGGACAUCCCCUGCGUGUUGGUUAAAUAUAAAAAAAAAAAAAAUACUGAGAUCGGUCUUUAUGGCCUUUUUUUCCAAAUAUGGUCCGAUCCCAUUUCCAGUGUCGGCGUAAUCGGAUAACAAAUGCGCAUUCUAUGAGCUCUGUAUUAUAAGUCAAGGGAGUGUUCCAUAAGGUUACCAUAGGCGACGAAAAUCUUCUCAAUUUAAGUUAAGCACUUGCAAAGUUAUUUCUCUCAGUUCACGUGAAUACUUGCUUUCAUUAUGCUGAGCUUAAAUUGUGAUUUUGUUCAUUUCUUUCCAAAAUUUCAUUUCUCAAUCUUAUGCGAUCCUUAUCAGAUGAAUUAUGUAUUCAUAAAUUUUCGAAGAAAAAAAAUGUGGCGCGAUUUCCCUUCUUAAUUCAGUGUGUAUACUUAAAGACGAUGGUGAUAAUUGUUACGCCAUUAUUUUUGCAAACAUAAUUUUAAAGCUGCAUAUCAAGUUCACUACUGGAAACCGAAUAUGAGUUUCAGUCUGCCAGCGAAUAACGAAGCAAUAGGAGGACCGCCAGUGAUAGCGAAAUGUGUUGCACAAGUCAAAGAAAUUUCGGUUUGAUUGUGGCAUGGCUAAAUGUUGGCCUUUCAUCGUUAUCCCUGAUAUUGAUUUUAGUAUCAUGGCUGGCCUAUGAUGUGCCGCAGACAAGUGGUGAUUCACAAAUAGAAGGCAUCAUACUUUUGGCCUUGGUUUUCACUUAUGUGGGGGCUUGGCUGGCCUUAUCGGCCCUGCUGGUCAAGGGUAUUGUGGAGGAACGUCACAAGUUAAUGGCUCCCUGGGUUUAUAUGACCAUAUCUAUGAUUUUCUUAUUAACCUUCAUAAUGGCAUAUGGAAUUAUUGCCAGUAUUGUGGCCAACUUGGCGUUUAUCGUCAUACUUUUGGAGCUCAUAAUAAUUUCUUUGAUUUUGUGUGUCAUUGUGUCCUUUUUCUUUCCCGUCUUUAUGUUAUUCAUCAAAAUUCGUGAAAAAAUCUCCGAUCCUGAGAAGGGUUUCUAGAAAAUAGCAACGAGGGUCUCAAAAUGAUGGCCAGCCAUUUUGGAAUUUUGUUCCUUUAAGAUGAUUUUUAAAUUAAUAGUAUUAUAAUGUCUAUACAAAUUCUCUG